AUGUCAUCGAAAGACUAUAAUUAUGAUGAGCAAGGCCAAUUCUUUCCCUUCUUCAUUCUGACUCUCACUGGCCUUGUCACUCUACCGCUGACUUACUCCCUCCUCAAACCUACCAAAGGCCUUGAAAUCUCCGCCCCCCGCAUACAAUCCGAUUUUAAACCUCACCAUGCCAAUCUCAUUCAAGGACAGAAGCAGAAGCUCCUGCGCAAGGAGCGUCGGAUAAAGCGUUUCAUCACAGUUGCUAUGGGCUAUGCCGUUAUGGCGUACAUGGUGUAUUUGAUCAUCGUUACCCAGCGAACGGUACCGAAGAUCUGGGAUCCUUAUGAUAUCCUAGGAGUUUCUCGCGGCGCAGAUGAAAAAGCCAUUAGCCGCCAUUAUAAACGACUUUCGAUGAAAUUUCAUCCUGACAAAAUUAGACCUGAUCCGGCCAAAAACGAGACAUUAGAAAUGCUGAAUGAUCGUUUCGUUGAAAUGACUAAAGCGUACAAGGCAUUGACCGACGAAGAAAUCAGAAAUAAUUAUCUCCAAUACGGCCACCCUGAUGGGAAGCAAAGUUUCAGCAUCGGUAUUGCUUUACCCCAAUUUAUCGUUACUGAUGGAAAUGGGAAAUAUGUACUUCUUGUGUACGGUUUACUGCUUGGUGUUUUGUUACCAUAUAUUGUUGGUAAAUGGUGGUAUGGAUCCCAGCGAUAUACCAAAGAUAAGGUCCUUAUUGCCAGUGCUGGCAAUAUAUUUCGAGAAUACAAGCCCGACUUGGUUGGUGGUGGUAUAGUGAACGCGCUUAGCUCCGGAGAGGAAUUCAAUCACAUGCUUACAGACGACAAAGCCCAUAAAGGAUUAGCUACAGUGGAAAGCAAAAUCUUGGCCGAAAAUGAGAACGGAGAUCUUGCCGCUGGACUCUCUUUGAAAGAUCGACAGAUUCUACGUGAACUUGAUAGUGAACAAAGAAGAAAGGCUUUGGCCCUGCUUUGGGCGUACCUUGGAAGAGUGGACCUUGAGAACUUGAUGCUUGAUGAAGAGAAAUAUGAAGUUGCUCCUAUCGCACUCUCUCUUAACAACGCUUUAAUAUCAAUAUCCCUGUCAUUCGGAAACCUACAGCCAAUACUGGGCUCGUUUUACAUCUCGCAACAUAUUAUACAAGCUACACCUCCAUCAUCCUCACCGCUUCUUCAGUUACCCUACUUUAACAACAAGAUUGUGCAGAAUGUUGAGGGUGAAUUCUCCAAACGCCAUUUAUCAGUCCAGGGGUACAUGGGAUGGUCGGAAGAAAUGCGAAGGAAGUCCACAAUUGGCCCAGGCUUACUUACAGAGGAGCAAUACCGGGUAGCAAUAUCUGUGGCAAAACAAAUUCCCGCUUUCCAGAUAUCAAAAGCUUUCUUCAAGGUUACUGGAGAGAAAACGAUAACGCCUAGCAGCCUUGUCCAACUUGUUGUUAAGGGACGUUUUGUUCCGCCCGGCUAUACCAAAUUGCCCGAAGUCAAUGAACGUGACCUUGAAGAUAUUGAUUCAGAGGUAGACGACGUUGAGUCGGGCGCGAAGGAACCAAAGAAGGAGGAAGAGGAAAUCCAACCACCCUUGGCUCACGCCCCUUAUUUUGCACGUGAUCACUCUCCUCGAUGGCACAUCUUCCUCGCGGACGUCAAAUCAGACAGGAUGGCUGUACCGCCAUUUACAUUCACGACUUUUGAUAAACCUAUAUUCGACCAAGACGGAAAGCCUACUUUCAACAUGCAGACCCUGAAAAUGCAAUUUCAAGCACCCCCACAGAUUGGAAGCUUCCCAUUCACUCUUUUUGUUGUAUGCGAUAGCUAUAUUGGCUUUGACACAGCAACAGACAUUGUUCUACAAGUGGAAGAUCUCAUAAAAGCUGAGGAGCUAGCAGAGGAGGAUGAGAUCAGUGAGCCUGAUCAAGAUUCACUUGCCGGCCAAAUGCAAGCACUCAAAACUGGACAAGCUCCGGCUUCUAAGAAGAAACGUCCCGCUAAAAACCAAGAGUCCAGUGAUGAUGAGAGCAACACGGAUGGUGACGUUGACGACGAUACCAGUGAGACCGAUACAGAAACAGAUACGGAUGGAGAAUAA